AUGGGUGGCAUGAACGAGCUGCGCGACUUCCUGGGAAUCAAGAUUCUACGAGAUCGUGAACAAGGAAUCAUGAAGCUUUCGCAGACGGGAUUGGUCGAGAAGAUUCUAGACCGUUUUGGGAUGAGCGACUGCAAACCAUCACAAACUCCUGCUGAAACCAGGUUGCAGUUGAAACGAAGCAGUGAGCGGUGCGAGCAUCCUUAUCGUGAACUUAUUGGAUGCCUAGUGUACCUGAUGAUGGAUACCCGACCGGAUUUGUGCUUCAUAGUCGGCCCGAAAAACGCCCCUGUUGUUGGUUUUGUGGAUGCCGACUUCGCGAAUGACGAGGAGGAUCGGAAGUGUGUUUCAGAAUUCCUACUGACAGUCUUCGGCUGUCAUCUACUGAAGCUCAAUAUAACGCAGCUGCUGCAUCACGAUCGCACAGAAGGAAGAGACGAAGAGGGCAAAGCACAUAGAUGCAUCCGUGAUGCUGUAGAUGCGGGUCGAAUCCAGUUGGACUACGUUCCGACGCAACAACAAGAAGCGGACGUGCUGACAAAAUGUUUGGCAGCUCCAUCGUUCCUGAAUCUACGCAUCGGCUCCAUCCAGACGAUCAUUUCGCUUAAGUUCCAUUGUUCGGUGUCGCUUUUCAUUGCCUCCCGGGAACCCGGUUCUCCAAGUUCGGAUGCCACACUUUUGGCGUGUUGUUCUAUUGAGAAAUUCGUCACCGAAGACGAGUUUGAAACCGGUCUGGUUGGCGAAUUCGCCCGAGAACGUGCUGAUAAUGUGUCCGUCGCGAGUUUUGGUGAUGAUUCGGUGGCCGACGUGGCCGUGAAUCAGCAAGUUUUCCGCUUGCAAAAGUGCUCGGCUGGAGAUCUCUCGCCGGUGUCAGAGAUUGCGAGCAAUCUGAUGCCUCGCUGCAUACGUUCAAGCUGGGGAAAGCACUAG